AUGCCGGCGUCUUGGCAACAGCUGAGAAACUUGGCAAUUUUUUUCGGUGUGAUGUCUUCAUCAGGAUGUGCCACCAUGUAUUAUCUGAUACAAAAAUCAUUUACCAAGAAAGAAUAUUUCACAGAGGCUAUUGAGAAGCUGGAGUCUCAACCCAGUGCACUAGAGAUUAUAGGAGCACCACCUCUCAAAGUCCACCAUCUCAAACUGAUGGACAAAUACAACCACGUAGACAAGUCAACAGCUCAGAUCAAGAUACCAGUGUCUGGAUCCCUUCUUACUGGCAAUCUGUGUACUUCAGCUGUACGAGACCAUCUAAAUCAAAGGUGGAGUCUCCAGGAAGUCGUUCUAGAAUUGAAGAAUGGACAAAACAUCCCAAUUUUCCAUUCCAAUAUACCUGAUGCAGAUCAGAUAGAAACAAGCCCUGAUGCCUUUUGA